UGAAAUUUUGGCUGCAUGCGGGGGCAUCCGUGGCAUGAUGACACAUUUCUAGUUUGUUGUUGUUUUUCAGAAAGUGAUACAGAAGGAGUAGAAUUGCUUGUACAAAAGGCUCAGUCAUCUGGACUUACAUUUGAGUCAAUAGCGGAACAGAUUGUUGCAAAGAAAAUAUUCAUGGAAAUUGUUCAAGGUCUUGAAAAAGAGUUUGAGAAACAAGAUAAGCCAAUACCCUGGGCACCACUUAACACCUGGACUUAUAAGGAAGCAAUAGAUUUUGUGAGUGAACAAUCAAAUAAAUCACCAGAGGAUGUAUCAGUGGUUGAACAAGAGAAUGUACUAGAGCUUGCACCAGAGGUUAUACAAGAGGCUGCACCUGAGGUUAUACAAGAGGCUGCACCAGAGGUUAUACAAGAGGCUGCACCAGAGGUUAUACAAGAGGCUGCACCAGAGGUUAUACAAGAGGCUGCACCAGAGGUUAUACAAGAGGUUGCACCAGAGGUUAUACAAGAGGUCGUACCAGAGGUUAUACAAGAUGGAUCUGAACAAGAGAUGAAAGAUAAAGCCCCUGUGAUUACCGAUGAUAGCAAAUGAAUAAAUGAAACAUGAAAGUUGAAUAUAAGAUAGUCACAUGGCAAGAUACUCAGAUUAUAUGAACAAUUGUUGGGUACAGAUCUACCAAGUCUUGUAAAUUAUUUCUCUUGCCAAUUGAUACACUAACAAAUGUAAUUGGUACUUGUGUACUUUUAAUUGUAACAGUUGAAACCUAUUAAAAGUUCAAUUUGUUACUGUUUAGUUGAGGAUAGCUCUUGUUUAUGUUAAUGAUAACAGUGAGGAAUUCUUUACCAAGAAGCUCAAUAAGAAUCACGCCAGGGAUUUUGGAGUCAUGUGAGGAUGAAAUCCAACUAGCUUAUAGAACAUGGUACUGCUGUAGUGUAUACUCACGCCUGAAAUAAUUCACUGAAGGGUAUCUGAGGUCUUCAGCCACAAGUAAAGCUGGAAUGUCACCAUGUGACUGAUGAUUUUGGAGCGACUUGAAACAAAAUCAUAAAGGAAAGUACAUUAAAGAGCAUUUACAGCUACAUUGUUUGGUGUUCAGAUGAAUAAAAGAAAGAACAAAUGUUGAUGGUUAUGUUUUGUUGUAUAUUUUAUGUUUCAUAGUUGUUUCCUUGUUAAUAAAAUAAGUUACAUGUAUUUGAGUAGGUCAUAAAAUCUUUAUACAAGUAUAUAUUAAUCAAGUAUCAAUUGAUGGCUUAAAAUUGCAUGCACUCAGAUGUGUGUAGGAGUUUUCAAUAAAGAGGUGGGAAAAAACAAAAUUUGAAAUUUUUACAUCAAUCAAUUGAAGCUCUUAAAAUGGAAAGAUCUGCAGGGGGAUUUAAUAAAAUAUACUUUGAAUUAAAUUGAACAUUGAUUUUUGUAUGUUAUUCUUAGCCUGAUUUUUGGAUCAUUUUGUAUAAUAGAAAUGAUUAUAAAACCUCAAUGGAGUCCCUUUAACAAAUGCACAUGUAUUUACCAAUGAUGUGAUUCUACACAUGUUUUAUGCAAGAUAGAUUUACUUUUUUUUUUCUCCACCAUUUUGUCGUGCUAGAUAUCUUAACUGGACUUGUCCAUCUUUUGAAAUGGACAAAAACCAUCAUUUUUUUUUAAGGAAAUUACAAAAUAUUGUCUGACUGAAAAGUAAACAGUGCAGACCAUGAUCAGACAGCAUGGGUGUGCUGACUUAUAGUUGUUUGUAUCAGUCAUAUAGGUAGAAAAGUUACUUAAAUUUAGACAUAAGUUUUCAUAUAUAAGCUGCAACACGACAAAACCAACAUAAUGGGUUUGCACCAGCAUGGAUCAAGACCAGCCGGCCUAUCCGCGCAGUCUGAUCAGGAUCCAUGCUGUUCGCAAUCAGUUUCUCUAAAUGUAAUAGGGUUUGUUGGUUUUGUCGUGAUGUGGCUCAAUUAUAGAGGUUUACAUCUGAUAUGAGGCAAAGAGUAUAUUUACACAUUACAAUGGUCGAUAAAAAAAAUGCUUCAUAUAAAUUAGUAUGAAUAUGAGAAUGUUUUGUAUUAAGAAGAAUAUGUGAAAUGUUACAUUAAUUUAUGUUAAAAGUUUAUAGUGAUUAAUCAUGUUAUUGUUUAUGAUAAUGUAAUAUGUUUUCAGUGUUAAUAAUGAUUUAAUUGAAACCAGAUUUUUUAUUUUGAAAAAUAAUUAAAAAAAUGAUGAUUAUGUGUACAAUGUUUAUGGUAUCUGCUUAAAAUGUGAUUUGCCUUAAAAUGUGAUUUGCGAUUGUAAACAAUAUUCUGUACAAUUUAGACUUAAUAUAGUAAAGUAGGGUUUCUUUUGACAAUAAUAAACCUGAAUUUCUCUAAAUUUAAAUUUCUUUUGUUUCAUGUUUCAAAAUUUUAUGAAAUGUAAACAUCAACUUUUUGUCAGUCUUGUUUUUUGAUUAAUUAAAUUUGAGUGAAAAGAA